UUGCCCGUAUGUUAGGCGCCAUCUUUGAGGCUGGCAGCGGGGAGGACGACGGCCUGAGCGACGGCUCCGGCGGAUCGAGGUGAUACUGCGGUGGCAGCGGCGCUCCCCAGGGGUUCGGUAAAGUCCCUGCUCGCCGGUAACUAGAGCCGUUCGUAGACCGCAGGGGCUGGGGAAUGCCCUCUCGCCAGGCCCGGGUCCUCUCCGCUCCCCUCAGGGGAAGCAGGCCGCGUCCCCCGCGUCCGGCGGGGCGGGCGGCCCAGGCCGCGUCCCCGAGCCUUCCUCACCGGGGUGUCCGUAGCCACUGGAGCGGGAGGGGGGAGGCGGCGGGGGCAGCGCGGGCUCUCCGGGGACGGUGGUGGGGGUGAGGUGUUCUCCUCGGCCUCGGCGCCCCAGGAAUUUAGAGAGGGGGGAGCUGCUUCCCCGCUGCCCGAGUUAGGCCCAAGGUCCGCUCUGCCCGCGGUUACAGGGCCGCAGCCCAGGGCGCAGCUCUCCCGUUCCCCACCCCUGCCCUUCUCUCGGCCCUUAGCCCUUCUGUAGGGCUCGGCUGCCGGCUCCGCUCCCCCCCCCCCCCCCCGCUGGUCUCCCGGGGCAACGGAGUCCUUGGGCAGGCUCUGGAGAGGUUCGGUUGGGCAAAUUGAAGAUCACAGUGCAGGUGUCUUAUGAGUAUACGUUUCCAGUUAAAGCCUUGUGCCUUCCUUUUGUAGCAGUGCGUAUAAGGGGCGUGCUGUAAUGUAGUCAUCUGGCAAAUUGCUCCUCUGUUCCCCAGAGGAACUGCCUUCAGGAUCUGACUAACUCUGGAUGCACCCGGUUGUCAUCUUAAUUUCUCCUUUAGGUUGUUUAAAACAACCCAGUUGGGUGACGUUUGGUUUUGUUUCUUAGGAAUUGGACCUAAGAGGUUUCUGUUUUCUUACAUUAAUGUUUAUCAUGAAAAUGCAAAAGUGAUUUUUACUGUUGCAGGAUCAGUAUGUGGAGCCUACAGAUUGUUCCCAGAACUGGUGCUUUGGGGUGCAUGCUGUACUCAGAGAUUGAGCUCUGGACCAUACAUUAAAAAUAAAACUGUGUAAUUUGAUUGUAAAAAAAGAGAUCUUCUGGGGAUAGGGGAUUCUGAAAUGAUAUCAGAACCACCACUGGGGCAUGUGGUUGUAUUGGACUCACAUUAAACCGAUCAGGCUGAACAGAUAGGCUGAAUUUAUUGCUGGGUGGCCGGGUGUUUCAGGGGGAAAGCUAGUCUAGAGAAAAAUUUCUCUUGCUGUCACUUCUCAUCUAAAAUGGCACCCUUCCAAAUGGCUGCAAAUUGACUCUUUUUGAGAUUUACUAAAACGCUUCAGUGAGGAAGCUGAAUUGUCAUAGUAAAUUGCUGCCAGGCCCCAGCAUUGACUUCAGAAGUAGAAAAAGAAUGAGUGUGUCUUAUUUAAGUAUGCCUGUAUUGCCCAAGAGUAGAUGUAGCAGCUCUAGCAGUCCCCUUAGUUUGGAACUGAUUCCCGAUGCCCAUUUGGACACGGAAGAGGAAAAGCUGGUGGACAGAGAGAGCGAUAGAGGAGAGCCGCCCGCUAAAAAUAUGAGAAAGAAGGGGUUAUGCGUUAAGGGAAAGCCACCACAUGAAAAAUUGGUGCUGUCUAAAUAUUUGUUGAGGAUUUGGGACGUGCAGGUACUGCUACAGCUGUGUGUGCUGCAGUCAUGCCUGUUGGCACUGAGCAAGAUGGAGAGAGCUUCGUUAUUGAAUGCAGUAUGUUGAAGCACUUGGUGUUGCCUGGAAGAAGAGCAAAGACUUGCAUUGUGUGGAACUUUGGAUCUAUGGUUCACCUGGUGUGCCAUAUCCAGAACAAACAAACAAACAAAAAAUGAGCUGUGGCAAGCCAGGUACUCAUCUGGGGACACUGACUCUGUAAGUGCUGUAGGGGAGGGUGAAUGUGCCUGUAACGUGUCUGUGUCAGCCGUCUCCCUGGACAGGGGUUUUAACAGUGGUAGUUUGAUGUAUGUUCCCAGCUCUCACAUUGGCAGUGACAGUGUGGCAGAGCCAGCGGGCUGGUUUUUCAGCUGGAAGAAGAGGAGGAGUGGACUGCAACUGUGCCUGGGUAAAUGAGAGCUGUCAAAGAGAUUUGCCAUAGACGUGGGUUGUACUGGUGCAGCCGUUGCAGCUGCAGCAGUAGUGAAUUCUGGAGCAUCUGGAAAAGACGGAGUUUUCUUCAUGCAAGUGAUACCAUCCAAAGCCUUUUGAUGCCAGAAAUCAGUAGAAACGCAUCUGUUGUCUGGAACUUCUCAGUUGACCCUCAGUAUACCUGGCACGCUCCUUGCAAUGUUUAAAAACUGUGUCGGGCAGGGCAGAGCAGGGACUCGCUUUGGCACUUCCAUGUUGCAGCAACGCUUGCAGACCACGCACCCUGCACGUUGGGCCAGGGCCUAAAUGUGAUGGUGCUGUUGGUAACCUGAAGCUGAGGAAGCACUUCUAGAUUUUUCUACUGUUCCACAUGAAUUUUUGCCUCGUCAAGGUGAUGUAUUGAGCUAUUUCUUUUCAACGGAUAGGCUUAGAGCCAGUUGUGGUUGAACGUCUCCAGGCUUGGGUGUUCCCGGUCCAUCUUUGCCUACUGAGCAGGUGCUUGGUAGGAGAAAGGACAUGAAUCUUAACCAUGGGACUCAGACUGUCAACUACAUACUGCUGUGAAGGAGCUCAGAUAGGAGAAUGCACUUAAAUAACAGAUCCACAGAGCUAUUAUAAAAUUGAUUACUGAAGACACUUUUUUCAAUGCCAGCAUAUUAGAAGCUCUUACGGGUUGUGGUACUAAGAGAGUCAGUUCCUGUCUAUAACGUGACUGUACAACAGUGUAAAAGAAAAAUUUGUCAUGGCUUUGGAGAAAGCGCAACACGGAAGUAUGGAUUGAACUGUUGAUACCCGGACCCUGAACCACCCGCAGACUACUUGACAGCGCUGGCCCAAGGAUAUCUUUUGAUACACAGACUGCGCCGGCAGAAGUCCCCUUGUAGAAAACAGGCAGCUCCCUCCCCACUGGCUGUGCUAAAACUUCUGCAGCAGGAAGUGUCCUACAAGAACCAAGUUACCAAACUGAUGUGUGGCUUUCCCUUAAUCCCCUCCCCCCGACUUUCCAGCUUCCAACAGCACUGCCGGCAUUGUGCGCACAGUGCUAGGUGCCAGCUGCCAUGUUUGGCGUAUAUUUUGAAAGUAAUGAUUCCGGACUUUGAGCACAGGGGCACUGAGAGCGGGUCAGCAGGUACUUAAGCGAUUUUCUUGCUCAUUCUGCUAGUUCUUCAGGGACUCCAGCAUCCAAACGAUCUUGCACAGGAUAACUUGAAGCAGGAAGCGGCUGCUCAGCGAACUUCUCUCUACCUUUUAGGUUAAAGUGACUUUAAACCAGCUGAAGGUGGAGCAGCAUCCCCCAGGGAGGGAGAGUGGGUCUCUUCUCAGCUCCUUCCAGUGGUCCCAGAUGUCUGAUGGGUGCAAGGUUGUUGGCCUGCAGGUGGAGGCCAGUGGGGAGCUGCAGUUCUUAGUCAAGCGCUGCCAUCGGUCACGUCCAUCUGGCUUUGCAGAACGUGUGGAAAGACUUUCAGAUGAAAGGCAUUGCUGUCGCUUUUGGACUGGGAGAUGGGUGAAAUAUCUUAGGCUUGAAACCGAUUUCCUCCGGAGUGGUGUGCUCGGCCCUGAACACUUUGUCUUGGCCACUUUGCUGGAUCCCUGCUGUAAAGGUUGCUUUGAAGAAUUCCUUCUCCUGCAGAGACAUCUUGAUGUGUCAAGCUAAAGAGAGAUCUGUAGUGAAGCAGUGUGUGAUCUGAUGAGUGCUUCAGCUGAGGGUUGUUCUUUGACAGUUAGAGAAACACCAGGCCAGUCAGCCCUUUCAGGAACAGAUUGAUUUGCCUCUCAUUUUAAGGAAGGAUGUCCUAAUUCAGGUCAUAAUGCAGCGUUCUCCAUGUAACUUGUGACACCUAGGGCGCUGUCAGCCUGUGGAGUGCUGUAAAAAGCAGGUAUAUCAUCAUCAGCUGUUUUGCAGCUGGGGUAAGGCUGAGGGAUUGACAAGGGGGAUGAGAACACGUAGUUCCUGGUGCUCUGCCUUCCUUGUGAUCUGCCUGUCCUAAUAAACAGGGGGGGCGUUAAGCAUCUUGAAUAUUUUUGUAAGCGAUGAAAGGCACAAAGUAGAGCAGCAAGAGAGACUGCCCAAGUGAAAUGCUUUGUGCUUUAUAACCCACAAGUACCCAGAGGUAGGUAGGUGCAAUAAUACUCCUCUCGUGCGUUUGUUGGGGUGCAAAAAAAAGUUUUGUUCCCUUCUUGGUCUGUGGUGCAGGACAAAGGCAGGUCAGCAAGCUGGAAGGUUAGACCAGGGAGUGGGACUGUUUCUUCAGUACCGAGAAAGACAAGCUUGUAAAACAGACUAGACAGACUUUGGUUGUACUGUUUAUCUUCCCUUAGCAAAGGUGGAGUUUAUGGUACUUGUUGGCAUGUUUUCCCUGACCCCUAGCUACUGCAUCUGUAAUUAUUUUUUUUUAUUAUUAUUUUUUAUCCAAAUUGAAUUAAAAAUAUCUUAAUACAAAAACUUUACUGGAGUUCUGGAGAAAAAACAAGUGUUUAAGAUUCUCAUCAACUUGCAUGAGAGACCUGCUGAGUGCACCAGAGUUACUCAUUUGUAUUCAGACUUUCAGGGGUUAGUUCAGUUGAUUUCUGUUUAGCAGUCAGAUUGCCAUGUUAACUGAUACCAGUUUAAAAAAAAAAUGUUUUUGAGUUAACCUUUUUUAAAAUGGAAGGACUUUUGUGGAAUUUAGAACUUUGAGGUUUUUGGGAGGGGUGUUUUUCCUUCUGAGUUUGUGUGGGGGAGCUGUAAAGGUUUUUUUUGUUUGUUGAGGUUUUUUUGUGUUUUUUUGUUGUUGUUUUAAAGUUUUGCUUUUUUCCUGUUCCUUAAACAAGAUCCAUUCAAAUUCUGAAGAGGUCUUGAAGUCUGCUCAGGAGUAUGGAAGGCAACAAGUAAAAUGCUGAGCUGCUUGGGCAUUCAAAAGAGCUAGAUCUGAGGGGAUUUCUCUCCCCCCCCGCCAUGGUGGUGGGUAUAGUAAAGUUGCGUUAUACAGGUGUUUCUCACUUCGUAGGGAAAAGAAAGGGCGCCUUCUAGACCAUGAAUUCCUCCUGAUUUGUAUUGGAAUGCCUCUGCUGGGCAAAGCAGUGUCCCUUAAUUGCCAUCCAUUUAAGUGUUGGCUUGUGCAAACUGCAGAAAUCGUGCUUGAAAUCUAAUUUAAUUAUCAAUGGCAUCGGUAACACAUUUGGAAAACUGUUUCUUGUCAGACUUCUACCUGAAGGAGCGCCAGUAAUUUCUAGAAGGAGAUGCGUAGGAAUCUGUAUGACACAACAGUCUGUUUUUGAAGGUGCUAAGGGUCAAAAGCGAAUAGUCCCAUCAAUACUGAAGAAGGGAAGGAAACCUUGCACUUAACCACUGUUUUUCUUCCCUUUGCCAAGCAGUCAAAGCCCAGUAACUAAACAUGAGAACCCAACUUUUCCUCUCUUUAUUUUAGAUUUGGGAAAAUUCCCUGCCAAAAAUAAAAAUCGUGGAAAAUUCACUAGUGUUUGUGUGAGUAGAAGGUUCCAACCUUUUGUUAUUAAGUUGUAAGAACUAUUUCAUUCCGUUUUGUCCAAGAGAGUCAGAAAUACUUGCACAGAAACGCGCAGCAUCUGAAUGAAAGGGGUCAGAAUCACUUGAAUUUGAACUUUAUCUGGUGCGGUUGCAGGUUUUAUGGCAUUUAGUAUCUUUAGAACAAUAAGAAUCAAACUAUCUGACUUCGCAUAAAAAAAACCUGCUUGUGGCUAAAUAAGAUCAGUUUCAGCUCUGGAGGCACCAAAAAAUCAUCAGCUGUUGAAUUGGACCUAAGCCAUCUUUUCCAAGCUUCCGUGACCUUGCUGCAAUGCAUAAUGAUGGAUAGAUGGAUUAGAGAACAGCGUAUGAUGGCAAACUUGUAGCAUUGGCUCUGACGUAAAAAGAAAACAAAUUCUUUCCUAAAAGCAAAGUAAUUCCAAAUUCUUGGUAUCGUGCAGCCACGCCACUUGCCAAGGAAGCGUUUCCCUGCCUCUCAAAGCUUGCUGUAUCCUCGAUCUGCUGUCUUCCUGCUGUUAAUUGAUUGCAACUCUACAUGUCUGAUUAGGGCUAAAAGUUGCUUUCAAUACGGAUAUCAUACAACAUAUACUGUGCACGCUUGUGUGUAUAGAUAUGUUUAUACUGUAUGCAUGUACAUAUGUAUGCCUAUUUGUGUGCUGGCCCCCAAAUCACUCGUGUUAUAAAGCAUCAGCCUUGAAGGCAUAUUCAUGAAACUAUUACGUAGAUCUUUUGUUUUUACCGGUUCCCUCAAAACAAGAGACUUUUUAUGCAGUCUGCCUGUUGCAAAUAGUGCCACAUUCUAAUUUUUACUAUCACUCUUGCUAACUUGAUUAUCACUCACUCUUGGUGUGUGUAUAAACACAUAUGUGUAUGUAUAUACAUAUUUGUGUAUUUAUACACACAAGUAUGUUUUUGCUGUACAGGUAAUAAAGAUGGGGGAAGGUUUUUGUGUUUUCUUAAUAGGUGAAGAAAUCUUGAAGACCAGAAAUUGCAACUUACUGAAUUUUAAAUUUAAAAAAAAAAAUAGAAAAAUUUAAAAUUGUUCGGCUGUGGAAGAUGGAUCCUCAUUUUUGCAGCCACUUUGAAUCACAAGUUCAUCUUUAAAUGCACUGGGUUUUUUUGUUGGCCUUUUUUGGUUUUUCUUUUUUUUUUUCCUUUUUUUUUUUUUUUUGGAAGAGCUAACUAACCCUGGCUGUCUCCAGUCUGACAGUAUUCAAAUGGACUUGCUUCCUCCAUUAGUUGUAAGAUGUUUUAAAGCACAUCCUAUGUUUGAAUUGUGGAUGAGAGGUUCCCUUGGCAAUGUGAGGAGGAAAAUUCUUUCUACCCCUUUAUUAUUAAUUCACGGAUUCAGUGUUGGUUCGGCCUACAGGAGAAGUUAACUGGAAGUCUUUGAAGAUCAAUAUCUUUGCUGAAGUUGUCCAGGGUUACUUAUAAAACGAAGACUUGAGUGAUCAAGCCAUUAGGAGACUUUCAGUCCAAGAAAGAGCGAAGCCAGCUCUUGCCAAGACUGGAGGAAGUCCCUGUUGAAAGCGAACCCUUAGAACCUGAGCUUGCUCUCAGACUUUGUCGAUUAUGUCUAACCAAGGAGAUGACUGCUACUUCUAUUUCUAUUCCACCUGCAACAAGGGAGACAGCUGUUCCUUCCGCCACUGUGAAGCUGCUCUGGGAAAUGAGACAGUCUGCACGCUCUGGCAGGAGGGUCGCUGUUUCAGGAAUAUCUGCAGAUUCAGACACAUGGAAAUCGAUAAAAAACGCGGUGAGAUUCCUUGCUACUGGGAGAAUGAACCAGCUGGCUGUCAAAAAUCCAACUGCGCGUUCCGUCACACGAAAGGACGUUAUGUUGAUGGACGCUUCUUCCCGGCGAGCAAAACUACGCUUGCGAGUCCACCUGAGCCUGCAGAAGACGAUGUGAAAAUGGCUCAGGCGUCCCUGCAGCAAACCAAACUUUCUGUCCAGUCGAAUCCCUCUCCGCAGCUGAGGGGGGUGAUGAAAGUGGAAAACUCUGAAAAUGUCCCAAGUCCUACACAUCCUCCAGUUGUAAUCAAUGCUGCAGAUGAUGAUGAAGAUGAUGAUGACCAGCUUUCUGAAGAAGGAGAUGAAACUAAAACACCUGUUCAGCAACCGGCAACAGAAGCCAAUAAUGGAUCGCGGAUAAUUUCCACUAGGAAAGGCAGUGCUAAUACAAAGCAAGAGGAGAACUUAAAUUUUGGAAUAAAAACACUUGAAGAAAUCAAAUUGAAGAAACUAAAGGAAAAAACAAAAAAACAAGGUGAAGGUCCUUCAGGAGUUUCUGUUCCUCCGCUCCAAUCUCGGGCUAUUCCUGUGCCAGAAAAGGAAAAUGUACGGACGGUAGUGAGAACUGUGACUCUGUCUACAAAGCAAGGGGAGGAGCCUGUGAUUCAACUGAAUCUUGGCGAGAGGAUGGGAAAACGGAAAGCCUCCGCAGCUGGUAAAAGUGUCCUUCCGCUAAAGCGCAACCUUGCUGACAGGCUGGGGAAGAAGACAGAGGCUCUGGAGAGUGCUGACAAAGCACCUAAGAGAGUUCAAGUCCCCAGGUCUCUGAAGGAGAGGCUAGGACUGCCCUCUGAACCGACCAGUAGAGAGACAGAGAAGGCUGCUAAGCCAGCGGGAGAGAUCCAUGUGAAAACAGUGGAGGAAAUUCGACUUGAGAGAGCUCAUCGGAGACGAGGAGAACCUCAAGUGAAACCCCAGACUGAAGGACGUUGCAAAACAGAAGAUCCGAGCUCGGGGGCAAGACCUUCCCCUGCAGUUCGUGUCAUAACUUUCUCAGGAUCCCUGGCUGUAAAAAACGCAAGCGAUUGAGAAAGAAAGCAAAAACCAGAAGCGUUUCCUACCGAGACAAAAGUUGAGAGCAAACCCAAGAAGCAGAGCAUACUUGCGCCGUCUGUGCUCAGCCAAGUGCGCCCGGCAGAGCCGGCAGGUAAAGCCAAGCCAGCGGGAGAAGUGCGUGUUAAAACCUUGGAAGAAAUGAAGCGGGAGAAAGCUCUGCGGAUGCAGCAGAGUGGAGGAAAAGUGCCAGCUCCACCAGCACAACCUGAACCUGCCCCGACAGGGAGGAGUUUGUUGCGGAUCACAAAGCUAAUAGCACCUGGAAGAGAAGAAAAGAAGAUAGUGGAAUUGAGCAAGCCUUCUCCCAAAGCUGUCUCUGCACCUGCAGAGCCCUCUGAUCAGAGUGCAACUAAUUCUAAAGUUGAAGUGAAGAGCCUUGAAGAGAUCAUGUGGGAGAAGCGGCAACUGAAGCAACGCCAAGAAGAGAAGCUUCAGAAGGAAGCAGCUGCUGUGCCAUCUCCUAUUGAACAGGCAACCAAGGGUAAAACUCCAGUGUGCCUGAAGCCUUUGGAUGGGAAAGCCACCUUCCCCACAAAGCAGCCACUGAAACGUAAGGCAGCCGAGAGUCAUCCCUCUGCCGUGGCGGCCGUGAAGCCGUUGAGUGCCACUGGUGGCGACGGGAAGGAGCCUUCAGCUAAAAAGUGUGCCCUGGCCGUUGUUCCGGCUUUGCCAGAGGACAGCCUCCUCUCCAUACGUGGGAGAGAAAAACCCCAAGCCAGUCCUGAACUGCAUACUGGAAGCCAGGCAGACUCUGUGGCACCGUCAGAGGUUGCAAGCUCAUCCUCAGCUUCCUCACAAGUAGCAGUAAAGACAGACCGGUUGAGCUCCAGAGGGGCCUGGGAAGCCCCCUUCUCUGUAGAAGAUGACUUUGAGAAGUUUCUUUGGGAAAUCUCGGGAGGCAAACUGGAAGCCAUAAGUGACCCGGACCCAGAGAAGGAUGCGGACGAGCUCCUCCUGGAACUUGCUGAAAUGCUGGACAUCUGAGCCGCAUAGUCUUAAGGCUUAAAAAAAAAAAAAAAAAAAGAAAAAAAAAAAUUAAAACUGAUUAUUUUGUUGGAUACCCAGAGGUGAUCCUUUUUCUAGCUGAGGCUUUGCAAUGAGUCUUAAAGCACAUUUGAACUGGUAGAAAUUGUCAGUAUCUGCACUCAGUUGUUCUAAAUUUCCCUGCUGGUCAGAGUCAAGGUCCUAUGCAUCCAUUCCGUAACCCUCGGUGGCUAUCUUCCACAUGAAGAGGACGAAGCGCUUGUUUAUUUCGGAACAGAGACGUGCCCAUCUACGAACUGUGGUGGUUGUGAACUGAUCUACUGAUAUAGUGAUGCUCUGAAGGCUUAAACUUAAAGUUUCUUCCUUCCUCCACCCUUGGCAAAACUCCGCAUUUAAUGCGUUUCAGAGCUUUGGUAUUCUGAUUUCUUGGACAGUUGAUAUCCCAAGUCUGGAGUUACUGUGUUAACUCUUGAAUUUUAUUUAUGUAUGUUAUCAUGUUGACUUUGAUCUUUUAGGGUAAUGUAAUGAAAAUGUCAGGGUGGGAGGGAGCAGAAUAAUUACUCUAGUCUUUUGGACCAAAUGUGCUGCUGCCUCGGGUGGUGGUUGGGGUCAGUGCAUCCAGCCUUACUUUGAAUUAUCAGGGAUGAUGCAGUAUCAGUGUGAAAAGCAGCAGCUCUACAGAACAGCUAGAAUACCCCCCUCCCGUUUUGUUGUACUGUUCCAAAGCUUGGCGGGGGGGGGGUUGGUGCUUUUUGCUGAUGUGGGGUGGGUAGUCAGGAUUCCUGUUGUAGUCUGCAGUAAAUUGGUAAACAAAGAAUUGGUUCAAGUGCCUCCCGGUUCCACGAAUCGCUCUCCCGAGCUGCUGGCUCAUACUCUGCUGGGAACCGGCAGCUGCUCGGACUCGUGUUCAGACACUGUCGGCUUUGUCUGACCUCCCGCCGGCCGCGCAGCACUGUUGUCGACUCCAACCCAAGGGGGAAGCAUGUGCCCGGGCUGGCAACCUUGGAACUUGGUCCUGCUGCUGGACCAACUGUGCCCUCCUUUUUGGGCAUGCCCCGGGGAUCCUCCCUUUGGUCUCCGCUGCUGAGGCUUGAGCUCCGGGUAGAAGUCCGUGCUGGAGGCGACAUUGGAGGUUACCGGUCUGCCUUGGGUCUCUAUGUGCGGUCUGAAUUUGUGACCCUGCAGAAAAGAGCUGAGACUGGCGUCUAUUGUGUACCCUGCCACCAGGGAUCGUUUUCCCUAGCAGCUACCUUUGGGAUGAUUUCCUUAAAUUUUUGAAGAACUUGAGACUCUUCUCUUCCUACGAGGAUUUGUGAAGGUGGGGGGGCCCUCAGGCGUUAGCUGCUGGCAGAGGAAGAGUCGGUUGUCGGAGUUGAUUGUCCAUACUUUCUCUUUGGAAGAAAACACUUGCGUGCUUUGAUAAUCCACUGUGCUGUCUUAGUUCUGCUUUCUUAGAGGAAAGGUCUGAAACCAAAACUGAGCAAACUGCUGUUCCGGCUCCAGAAGGGUCACCCAGCCCCAAGCUGCCGACGCUUUAUCCUGCCGAAGGACUUUCUCCCGCUGAGACUUCUGCCAGCGUGGGUGGGUCGGUCGCUCACUGGCGCGCAGGCUUUGGGAGAGAGGAAGAGCGCGCGAGAGCCCGGCGAGGAAGGCUUCCCCCUCGCUGCUUCCCUCCUCCUGCUCUGUCGUCAGCCUUCGCUGUCCCCGGCCUAGGCUCUGUCCGUGCAGACGGGGUUUGGGCUACGCCAUGGUUUCUGUAAAUGUUUUAUUCUUCCCUCUUCUAUUCGUCUUCUCCUGAAGGUCCCGUAUUAAACGUAGCCUGGCCGCCUGCGCCUUCGCCGGUGGCUGAGCCGUUCCCCAUGA